UUUAAACCCUAGAUUCAACAUUCUUCAGCGCCUCAAACGCAACACGCACUGUAAUUGUGCGAGGAUCGAUAGAGAGCAGCAGCAGCAGCAGCUUCUGGAAAUGAGCUACAAAUUCCAUCAGUUUCAGGUUGUAGGCAGAGCCCUACCUACGGAGACAGAUGAGCAUCCGAAGAUCUACCGUAUGAAGCUUUGGGCCACAAAUGAAGUCCGUGCUAAGAGCAAGUUCUGGUACUUCUUGAGGAAGCUAAAGAAGGUAAAGAAGAGCAAUGGUCAGAUGCUUGCCAUUAAUGAGAUUUUUGAGAAAAACCCGACAACAAUCAAGAACUACGGGAUUUGGCUGAGAUAUCAAUCGAGGACUGGGUAUCACAACAUGUACAAGGAGUACAGGGACACAACCCUAAACGGUGCAGUCGAGCAGAUGUACACGGAGAUGGCUUCUCGUCACAGGGUGCGUCACCAUUGCAUCCAAGUCAUCAAGACAGCAACCAUUCCAGCAAAGCUUUGCAAAAGAGAGUCUACAAAGCAAUUCCACAACUCUAAAAUCAAGUUCCCAUUGGUCUUCAAGAAGGUUAGACCUCCAACUAGAAAGCUCAAGACCACAUACAAGGCUUCAAGGCCUAAUCUCUUUGUCUGAGUUGACUCACUUUCAUUGCUUUUGGAAUUUUCAUUUGAAAUCACAUGUUAAUUGCUGACAUAUGUUGUCUUAAAUGGAGAUUAAAUGGUGUUAUUGCCUUUGAGAAUUAUACCAAAUCUAUGGUCAUCAUUUUGUUGCAUUAAA